AUGAUAGGCUACCACAUCGAUCAGGUACUGCGCUUUCACCUGCGCUGUUAUCAGCUGAUAGGGAUGCACGGGCUACCGCUGUCAAGCGAUGUGUAUCCGAGGCAAAAGUCAAAGCUACUGAAUCUCUGGGCCGGAUGCUUAUUAACGGGGUUCAGUGGAGUGGUGUACAUGUGCUUAACCAGCGACGAUGACUUCCUCUACCAGGGCGACAAUUUUAGCUACUUCAACGAUGCCAUGAAGUUUGGCUUUGCCGAAAUGGCCAUAUUGAGUAUCUACUGGGAGACACUUUCGUCGCAACGAGUUCACCUGGCGUGCUUUUGGCAGCUAUAUGAAGCUCUGGCAGCAACGUUCAAGGCAACACCAUCAGUUCGAACCCUGCGGCAGCAGCUCCUGCAACACUGGCGCUUCCUUCUCAUAUUCUAUGGCACGCUAUUGUUGGAGCUGGCGCUGUUGUGCGUGUAUGUGCUAAUGCAGGAGAUUUCGCGUCAUCUUUUGCUCUUCUGGAUCACCUUUCAACCGUUCGUCUUAGUGGUGCACCUGCGCAAUACACAGUUCGUGCUUCAUUUAGAUCUAUUGCGCCAGGAACUGCUGCAGCUGGA